AGACGCCGAAUGUUUACAAGUAACAUUAAAUUCUCGCAUUCAAGUUUUGUGUUGACUAGCGGACAGACAGUUGUAGAAUUUGUAGAAGAUGCGGCGCUUGUGCAAUCAUUCAAAACAACAAAUAAUUGUUGGUAUUAUUAAAUGGCUGGUAUUGGUUUUGCUUUUUUCUUUGACAACCGAAGCCUGUCAUAGUAGUCAGGAGUGUUAUACGCCGCAGAACUUUAAGGGAAAUUAUUAUGCACCUGAGGAAUACAAAUCACUUACCGAUAGACAAAAGGUCAAUUGUGCAGGGAAUUGUGUGGAUAAUAAUGUGACGCUAAUCUGUUGCACAUUCAAUGAUCAACCCCAAAAAUAUCGGUUGCUUUAUCAAUCAUGUCUGGACGCGCAUUUACCGUAUGGUUUUGUUACAUUUGGUGUGGUAGCUGAGCCAAAUGAGUUUCCAUUUAUGGCUGCCUUGGGUUGGCGUGUCACCGAAAAGAAUGGCACCAAGAGCAUAGCUUAUAGAUGUGGUGGAACUAUGAUCGGCAGCAGAUUUCUCUUAACAGCGGCACACUGUUUCUAUCACUCCAGUGACUACCCAGUUGUGGUGCGCCCCGGUGGUUUCGAUCUAAAUAGCACCGAAGCAGUUGAUUAUGAUAUCGACCAGAUUAUCGAACAUCCCGACUACAUAUAUCCAGAGCUAUAUAAUGACAUAGCGAUCGUUCGUAUCUCCAGGGGUUAUGUUAAUUAUUCGCCAAUUGUUGCUAGAGCAUGCGUGUGGUAUCAGCCACUGGCUGAGGAGCACGUCAUUGCCAUCGGCUAUGGUGAUACACAAUUCGCUGGCAACCCAUCGCCGCUCUUGAUGAAAACUAGUUUAUCGACCAUAUCGAAUGAAGAAUGCAAUCAACACUAUGAACAGGAUGAUGAAAUGCUCAGUUCCGGUAUAGUCGCUACACAAUUGUGCGCAAAAGAUCAUGAAAAGCUGCGUGAUACUUGUCAAGGUGAUUCUGGCGGUCCACUGAUUGUAUAUGAAGAACUCCCCGGUUACAUUCGUAUGGCUUAUAUUGUGGGUAUUACCUCCUUUGGUAUUGGCUGCGGUACUGGUACACCGGCCAUUUAUACACGUAUUUCGGAGUAUUUCGAUUGGAUUGAGGACACAAUGUUUAAAUAAAGAAAUAUUUAUGUAUAAAAUAUAUAAUAAACGCCGAUUUCUUCCAUUUUCAAACUACAAU